GCGCUGCCUCGUCGUGGAAAGGACGACGAUUUUCCGGGGGAGACUGAAAACACGUGACAUGCACUCGUGAGGAAUUCGAGAAACCGUCUCCGGUAUAAUGAGGGUUGCUACGUGCAGUGUGUGGUUGGUAACACUUUUUUUGUACGUGGGAUGCGACAACUGGCAGGAAUGGUGGACCUACGAUGGCAUUUCAGGUCCUGGAUACUGGGGUCUCAUGAACCCUCAAUGGAACAUGUGUUCCAAGGGUAGGAGGCAAUCACCAAUCAACGUGGAGCCUGACAAGCUAUUAUUCGACCCCUACCUCAGGCACAUACAUAUAGAUAAGCACAAGGUUAGCGGCAUGUUGCACAACACUGGGCAAUCUUUAGUCUUCCGAGUUGACAAAGACACCAAGCAGCACGUGAACAUCUCCGGGGGGCCAUUAGCGUAUCGAUAUCAGUUCGAAGAGAUAUAUAUCCACUACGGUAUCGAGAAUCAACAGGGAUCCGAACACUACAUACACGGUUAUUCGUUUCCUGCAGAGAUUCAAUUGUAUGGCUUUAAUAAAGAAUUAUACCACAAUAUGUCGGAAGCUCAGCACAAAUCACAGGGAAUCGUUGCCAUUUCGCUAAUGGUACAGAUUGGCGACACGCCAAAUCCCGAGCUGAGGAUUAUCACCAGCGUAUUCAACAAGGUCCAGUACAAGGGAGCCUACACCCCCAUAAAACACGUCUCGCUGAUGAGUCUGCUGCCAGACACAGAGCACUUCAUGACUUACGAGGGCUCUACCACGCACCCCGGAUGUUGGGAGACGACCGUCUGGAUCAUCCUUAAUAAGCCCAUUUAUAUUACCAAACACGAGUUAUACUCAUUGCGAAAAUUAAUGCAAGGAUCUGAGGAGGCGCCGAAAGCUCCCCUGGGAAAUAACGCGCGUCCCGUGCAACCCCUGCACGACAGAACUAUUCGGACAAAUAUUAACUUCAGAAACUCCGAGAAUGGAAAUUGUCCCUCCAUGCACAAAGAAUCAUAUUAUAAAGCUAAUAAGUGGCCGAAUUUGAGGGAGCAACAUCCCUUCCAUACCUUGCACUCGUUGCACUGAGAGGAGAGCGCCAACCUGCCCGUGAGCCCAGGUCCCGUGAGGUCCCCUGAGGUCCCGGGGACCGACGGAGACCCACGCAGGUCCACUCAGUGUCUCCCCCUCCCGCCAAUGCGCUCCUGUAAAUAUAAAGCGACGAAAACAGACAUAUUUUGUGAUAUGUAUGCAAUAAUGACCAAAGUGUUUUAGUGCAAACGCGCGUUUUAUAUAGGGUUCAGGGGUGGCUGAAAUGGG